AGACUCUAGUACAAUAAAACGGGAGCACCAAAAAGGAUAAAAAUAAAAGACGUAUAUUAAUCUAGACGAAGAAGACGAAACUUAACCAAAAAAGCAGAAUACCUAAUCAAACCCUAGCUAAGUUAUUCCAUUCGACUCAACAUGCUGUGCUGUGAUUAAAACUAUAUAUAUUUAUGUUUUGUGUGUAUAUAUAGAUAUAUAUUUGUGUAUGUCUAUGUGUAAAUAAAGGAACAUGGAAAAAGAGUCGGGCACAACGAAAAAGAAGACGACAUGGAGUACAUGGGAGGAACUUUUGUUAGCGUUUGCAGUGAAAAGGCAUGGUCUCAAGGACUGGGAAUCUGUCGCCAUGGAACUCCAAAGCCGUAGCUCUUUACCCGCCCUAUUGACCGCUCAAAUUUGUAAAGAUAAAUACCGUGACCUCCGCCGCCGCUUCAUCAAUAACAACAACAGUUAUGAUGAUGAAAAAAUCAACGACGGUUUUGACGACGGAGAUGUAACGAUUCCUUGGAUAGAAGAGUUGAGACAACUCCGUGUUGCUGAGCUUAAACAAGAGGUCCAACGCUACGAUCUUUCGAUCCAGUCGUUGCAGUUGAAACUGAAGAAGAUGGAGGAAGAGAGAGAGCAGAGCUUGAAGGACGAGAGUUUAGACGAUGGCCAGAAACCAGAUCUGGAGGAUGUAAAGGAAGAGAGAUCGCAAAACGACAAUAACAGCGGUGCCGAUGGCAAACCGGAGGAGUCCACCGGAAAGGCUGGGUCCAGCGAGGAGUCAGACCGCGAAAACCGGUCAUUCAACGAGUCUAAUUCGACGGAGAACAGAGAUAUCGGUGUAAAAAACGAACCGGAACCGGUCGAGACGGGUGAAUUUAGACCGGUUCAGGAAGUUAAACCGGUAAGUGAAGAGGACUCGUAUAACGGUAGUAGUUCAGAUAGACAGGAGGAAAAGAAAAUCAGUCGCGAGUCGGGCGAGUCCAAGGAAGAGACUAAGGAAAACAGUGACGUGCAGAGCACCGCGACUUUAACGAAGAAAAGGUGGCAGCGCGGUGGUAGAAGCGGCGGAGAUGCGGUGGAGGCGGGUUCUCCCGCCGUCGGACUUAAUAAAGGGCAAGGUGCGGCGAAAUCAGAGCCGCUAAUUGAGUUUUUAGAUAUUAUCAGGUCGCAUAAGCGCGGCUCUAUGUUCAAGCGCCGGCUGGAUAGCCAGAAAACGGACAAGUACAAGAGUAUGAUCCGACAGCAUGUGGAUCUUGAAACGGUUCAAGCCCGGAUAGAUGACGGGUCCUAUUGCUCUUGCCCCUCCAAAUUCUACUUGGACCUCCUACUCAUCUUCAACAAUGCCAUUGUCUACUUCCCUAAGUCAUCCCCAGAGUCAACUGCAGCUAAUGAACUCCGUGGCAUUGUCAUGGAAGAAUUAAAGAAGAACAGAACCCAACCAAAGGAUCCAUCACCGGGACCCGGACCCUUAAGGAUCCAACCCAAGCCCGAAUUGGAGAGAUCGGAUUCUUUGCUUGCAAAACACAAGUCUACAGCUCCUAUAGUAGUCUGCCGCAAGAGAAGCUCCAUUUCAGCUAAAGCAGCAGCUUCUGGUACCAACAAGCCAGAAAAACAAGCUGAAAUUAAACCUCCUCUGAAUCCAAAGCCACCCAUAAAGACUUCUUCAAAUGAAGAAGAAAGUUCAAUCAAGUUGGGGAUGAAAGAAAAGCCUGUGACGGGGGUAAGAAGUAUGAGGAGGAGCAAUAAAGGCCGUCCAAACAAUAAUGCUUCACAAUCCAACAACAACCAAACCACGAAUACUAAGCAAACCAAUACCAACGCGGACAAAAAGGAAGAAGCGAAAAUGGAGAAGAAGAAAGAAGAAGCUAAAAAACGAGGAGCUGCAGCGGAUUUCUUGAAGAGAAUUAAAAAGAAUUCCCCGACGAAAGGAACAUUGAUGGAGGCACUGAAGAACCCUACAGAGGAUGUUGUUGUUAAAGGUAAUAAAAGAGAGCAUCAAAAGAAAAAAGUUGAUGAACGGAGAGAAACUCCGGUGAGGCGAAGCGGUGGCAGUGGCGGAGGCGGAGGCAAAGAGGAAGGUAGCCCGUCGAAGAGGAGUGUAGGUCGACCGCCAAAGAGAGGUGGGAAAGAAACUGUGCAGGAAAAGCGGGGAAGGGAAAAUAGUGAAAAGGAUGAUUCUUCAAUACGGCCGAAGAAACGGUCAAGGAGGUAAUAAAUUAUGAUGAACCAAAGUACUGAUGUUAGUUUAGUCAUUUUGCAGUGUAUAUUUAACAUUAUUGUAUUUCAGUGUUAGGUUUUGAUUUGGGAUUACAUUUUAGGUUAGUUUCAAUGUUUCAUACUCUUUUGUCCUGUAACAUGCUAUUGGCAUUUGUACCCUUUCCUUGUUACAGUAAGUCUUACCUCAAUUAGUUUAUGCUCA